AUGGCGGAGAGCGAGGCCGAGACCCCCAGCACGCCCGGGGAGUUCGAGAGCAAGUACUUCGAGUACAAUGGGGUGCGGCUGCCGCCCUUCUGCCGGGGGAAGAUGGAGGAGAUCGCCAAUUUCCCGGUGAGGGACAGCGACGUCUGGAUCGUCACCUACCCCAAAUCAGGCACAGGCUUGCUACAGGAAGUGGUAUAUCUAGUGAGUCAGGGAGCUGAUCCAGAUGAGAUUGGACUAAUGAAUAUAGAUGAACAACUUCCAGUCCUAGAGUACCCCCAGCCUGGUCUGGACAUCAUCAAGGAACUGACAUCUCCUCGCCUCAUAAAAAGCCACCUACCAUAUCGGUUUUUGCCUUCGGACCUCCAUAAUGGCAAUUCAAAGGUAAUAUACAUGGCUCGCAACCCCAAAGACCUGGUGGUGUCUUAUUACCAGUUUCACCGCUCCCUAAGGACCAUGAGCUACAGAGGAACAUUUCAGGAGUUCUGCAGAAGGUUUAUGAAUGACAAGUUAGGAUAUGGUUCGUGGUUUGAACAUGUGCAAGAGUUUUGGGAACAUCACAUGGAUGCCAAUGUACUUUUUCUCAAGUAUGAAGAUAUGCAUAAGGACCUAGCAACAAUGGUUGAGCAACUGGUGAGGUUCUUGGGAGUUUCUUAUGACAAAGCACAGUUGGAAUCCAUGGUGGAACACUGCCAUCAACUCAUUGAUCAGUGCUGUAAUGCAGAAGCACUUCCCGUUGGCAGGGGACGAGUUGGGCUAUGGAAAGACAUCUUCACUGUUUCAAUGAAUGAGAAAUUUGAUUUAGUUUAUAAACAGAAGAUGGGAAAAUGUGACCUCACAUUUGAUUUUUAUUUAUAAAAAAUGCAUGCAUAUGAUAUC